AUGACGUCAGCUAGUGGCACAUUAUGUGGUGUGUGUGCAACUCAGGAUGUUUUUAGAGAUGCCAUUUUCUGGUGCCCUGAAUGCGAUGAAGGUCUAUGCACAGCAUGCGAAAUGUACCAUAGGGCUUCUAAAUCCUCAAAAAAACACGAAGUAACUUCAGUGGAUGAUUAUAAACAAUUACCGUCAUCCAUAGCAAAUAUCAAACAAUACUGUUCUGACCAUGAGGAAAAAUAUCAGCACUACUGUUCCCAACAUGAGACCCUUUGUUGUCCACUUUGUCUCACGUCAAAUCACAUGAAAUGUGAUUUUUUAGCAAUUGUUGAAGUCAUCAAAACGUCCAAGAUCUCUGCACUUUACGACAUUAUGGAACAAAGUAUCAAGGAUAUGAAAAGCAACCUAGAAAGAAUAACAGACGACCGCGAGAAAAAUUUGGAAGAUAUUCAUGAACAGCGACAGAGAUUCUCGACAGAUAUAAAAGAGAUACGAGCAAAAAUAAACAAACAUCUAGAUGAACUUGAACAAGAAAUAGAACAUAAUAUCCAAGCUGCGGAACAAAAAGCCAUAUCACAAGUAGACACAGUCCUUUCAAAAAUCUCCAGCCAUUCUAAAACAAUAGAUAAGCUACAGAAGAAUAUAUCUGCGACUAAACAUGUUGCUACUGACCUUCAGACAUUUUUGGGCGGGAAAAUGUUCGAGGCCGAGGUUCAAAAGGAGGAGAAGUUUAUGCAGUCUUUAAAAGAAGAUGGCGAUUUUCAACAAAUAAAACUAGAAUGCAAAAUUGAUGACCAUAUUUCUGACAUACUGUGUAUGACACAGAUGGGACAGAUAUCCAUCACGGCAAAUCCACCCACUAUUACCGUGUCAACGAAUAGAGAAAAGCAUGCUCAACAAAUGAUACCGACGAUACCAAAAACAAUCAAUGAAAUCAACCUCACAUUACUUGCGAGAUUUGAGAUAUCGAAAAGGAAAGGACUUCAAAUCUCGGGUUGCACUAUCAUGCCUUCCAGAAAAAUAGUCUUUGUAGAUCAAGUCAAUCAUAGUCUUGUAAUUCACAACGAAAAUGGAGUAUUUGAAAGUGAAAUUCUUGUAUCACAAAGUCCUGUUGAUGUUACGGGCAUUGAUGAAAACACCGUCGCGGUCACCCAUAAUUCAAGGCCUUAUCAUACCGAAGUUAUUGACAUUGCUAAUAAACUGGUUGUAAAAAUGAUUAAAACGCCCAAUAUGUGCUACGGUAUAACAAAAAGAGAAGGCAGAUUGAUAUUUUAUACUUUUGGGACAGGUAUUCAAACAGUCGAUGUGACCGAUGAAAGUACUUUCACCACAUUAGUUAAAGUUGAUUAUAAAAAUCACUCCAACUAUGUAACAGCAUCAAAGGACGAGACAUACCAUGCAUGCCCAGGCUCAAACACCGUCACAUGCUACACAGUCACAGGACAGAAGAUUUGGGAAUACACACAUGAAUUAAUGUUGCAUGGGAUUCGAGAUAUAACUGUUGACAACGAUUCCAAUGUGUACGUGGCAUCCUACGGGAAUAACAAUGUCGUCGUUAUUUCACCAGAUGGAAAUGAUGCUCAUCGAUUGUUAGGAGAAGAAAAUGAGAUUAAAAAACCUCAUGGUAUCCAUAUAGACAAUAAGAAAAAUAAUUUACUGGUUGUCAACUUCUGUGGAACAGCAUUUUUAUAUAACAUUAAGUGA